AUGACGGAGUGGACCCUGCUCAAGCGUCUCCUGGACGCCGUGCACCAGCACUCCACCAUGAUCGGGCGGAUCUGGCUCACCGUCAUGGUGAUAUUCCGGCUUCUCAUCGUGGCCGUGGCCACGGAGGACGUCUACACCGACGAGCAGGAGAUGUUCGUCUGCAACACCAUCCAGCCGGGCUGCUCCAACGUCUGCUACGACGCCUUCGCUCCCAUCUCCCAGCCCCGCUUCUGGGUGUUCCAGAUCAUCACCGUGUCCACGCCCUCCCUGUGCUUCAUCAUCUACACCUGGCACAACCUCUCCAAGCAGCCGAAGGGCGAGCGCGCGCGCGAGGCCAGGGAGACGUACGAGCGGAGCUGCGACUCAGACAGCUGCUCCGUCAGGUCCCACAGGCACCUGGGGCACAGCCUGGCGGACGUGCUGGAGGGCAUGGCCCUUCAGGAGCACCCCAAAGCCGCCAGCGCCCACUCCGCCGCCGGGGCGCGCGUCUUCCGGGAGAGCAGGGCCGGGAAGUCGGGCGUCCUGUCCAAAUACUACGUCUUCCACGUCUGCUUCCGGGCCACCCUGGAGAUCGGCUUCGUCCUGGCCCAGUGGCUGCUGUUCGGGUUCCACGUCCCCUCUCACUUCCUGUGCUCCUCCUUCCCCUGCUCGCAGGCGGUGGACUGCUACGUCUCCCGGCCCACGGAGAAGACCAUCUUCCUCGUCUUCAUGUUCUGUGUCGGGAUAUUCUGCAUCUUCCUGAACUUCUUGGAGCUCAACCACUUGGGCUGGAAAAAGAUCAAGAGGUCCAUCCGCAUUAAAGAGAGCCCCUGGAGAGGCUACGAGGCCAUAAACCAGGAUAGCCAAUCGGUGGCCUCCCUUACGUUCCGGGACAUAACCAGCACCACGUCUCUGCCCACGCUGGACCUGGUGGUAGAGCACAAGCCAGACUGGACCUGCGCGGGAAACUGCUCCCCGAUCAAAGAUGAAAUGGCCGUGGAAGUGCAAAGCCAAGACAACCCCAGAGGAACGCAGUCUGUGAAGAGCAAAUCCAGUAAAGGGAGGUCCUCCAAGCAGAGGGGCUCCGAGGUCUGGAUAUAG